AGGGUUUGCUGGCAAUAUAAUGUAUCUUGAUGAUCAGUAUAAACAGCAGGCUGAAGGUAAGAUUUGCUGCAUGUUACGUUAUCAGCCACUAUAUCGGUCCCUGGCUUGGGAAGACUGAAAACUUUAACAAAAAGAUACUAACCAGGUUAAUUUUUAAUAACCCAAUCAAAAAUUCUUCUAAAUGUAACCUGGUUAAAAUUAUAGCUUAGUGGGGUUAAUUUUUGUGAGCGGCGGGACUCAAGUGUGUGAAGAAAGAAAAGUUGAAAUUGGACGCGAGGUGGAAGGAGUAAAUUUUCAAACGGAAGUGCUUGCAUGCAUGGUAAACUAAGCCUAAUUAGAAAAUUCCGCAAUAGUAUCAAAACGCCCUAGGUCUCAGUAGGUCCAUUUAGAGUCAAAGCAGGAGGAAGCAGGUCGAUACCUAGUUCUCACGCACUUGACUCUUGAGACCGUCAUCGAAUUGCAACUUGACCUUAGUUUACUAGAGGUCGAACUGAUUUGAAAACACUCUCAUCUGUUAAAAAAAAUCACGGUUCAUUCUAUGCUAUACCGUAAUUCGGAAAUUUGCUAGCCGAAUCUCUCCUCCGACUCAUACGGCCUGUUCACCAUCUAUCUUCCAACAGAAUAGCGCGUCAGUUUUUUUUUUUUCCAAUGCCGAGUUAAUUUGUAUCAACUGUGUUUCUAGGAAUACUUAUCCCCUCUGUGAUAAUUUCGUCACACUGACAGAACAAAAAAAGUAAGUGAUUAGGCAAAUAGAUAUACAAAUCUGGACUAUCAUUUCACUUUAUGUUUGUUGCGUACACAGUCGUUCCUGAAGUGAUUAAUUUACGUGGUCCCUUGGCUGUGGAAGCCUACAACAAGGCUCUAAAUGAAGGGAAAACUCGUUUCAAGAGGUUGCCGGUCAUGGUGAUUGGACAAGAUCGCUCCGGAAAAACCAGCCUUAAGAAUUCGAUGAUGGGAAAACCCUUCAACCCAGACGAGGACAGCACAGUGGGGAUAGAUGUUGGACCAUCACAUUUCAGUGUUACAACAGAUAUUUGCAUUCCAAGUGAGAAUACAAUGGACAAUCAGGCACAGAAUAAUUUCAGAGAAGCCCUCUCUUUUGAGCACCACAUAGCUCGUUUAGUCGUUGAAGUUUUAACUAAUGACAGAAAAAAUAAUUCAAAGGAUGACUUGCCAUUAAAUGAGGCAAAAGUUGCAUUAUCAAGUGUGGCACCAAAAAAUGCAAUAGAAUCUGUUCAAGAAUCUGGUGCAGUUUUUGCAGCUCGCCAAGAAGAAAAAAACUGCAUAGUCGAGAUACCAGAUGAGGUAGCAGAGAAGAUAAAAAACUUACUAGAGGAAGUUGAGAAAGAAAGAGUUGGAGAUGAUGCGGAAGUGUAUUCAAUUGUUUGGGACUUUGCUGGACAACCUGUAUACUAUGCAACGCAUCCACUUUUCCUCACACAAAGAGCAGUGUACCUGUUAGUUUUUGACCUCAGCCGAGGUCUUCAUGCCAGAGCCGAUCCCACCGUGAAGCAAGGAAUGUACAGCAUGAUUUUAGACAACCACGAUUGUAAAAGUAACCUAGACUAUCUGGAUUUCUGGAUGACAUGGGUUGCUUCAAUAGCCAAUCAAGAUGAAAACCAGCAGAUACGUUUGGGUCAAUCACCAAUGAAUAUUCCCGCUGUGCUCCUUGUUUGUACUCAUGCUGAUGAACCCUGUGGUGGGGCAGAUCCAUUUGUGCUAGCACGUGAAGUAUUUGGUUCCUUAGAGACCAAGCCUUACAAAAACCAGUUGUAUCAAGACGUUUUUGUUGUGGAUAACACAAAGUCAGGAAGUAAAGCAGAGUGUUCAGAAGUCAAGCGCUUGUGGGAAAAAGUCCUUGCUGUUGCUAAAGAGCUACCACAGAUGAAAGAAGACUACCCGAUAAAGUGGCUAAGAUUCGAAAAGGCUCUUCAAACCAAAGUAAAAGAGGGGAAAAAGUGGAUUUUCCUGGAGGAGACAAGGCUGAUUGCGUCCAAACUGUGUCACAUUGAGGAUGGUCAAGAAUUUGCAACCUUGCUGAACUUUCUACAUGACCAAAGAAUCUUGAUUCAUUUCGACAGUUCACUACUUUUGAAUAAUAUGGUCAUCUUGGAUCCUCAGUGGUUGGUAAACUUGUUUACGUCGGUGAUAACUGUAAAACCGGGUCCCUAUGAAGGAAAAGAAAGAGAAUUGUGGAGAAGGCUUCAAACAGAGGGCAUCUUGGAGUAUAAACUUUUGCAACUUGUGUGGGAUCUUUAUUAA